AUGGGUCGCAAGAUGUUUUUCGGUAUAAAUAGCUUUAUAGGACUUGAGGAAGCAAUUGCAGCAGCCACAGCAGAUAGUGAUGAUGACCGUGAAUAUGAUUUUGCGAUAAUACCACCUGAUUCCAGUGUCGUGACUCACGAAGAGGAAGGGUCUGAUGAAGCUAUGGUGACAUAUACGUUGUCACGAGAUGUGUCCGGAAAUAUUGAGGUUAUGAUAAGCGAUGAAACUGCUAAGAAAAUAUUUAGUAAUAAAAAAGGAAUAAGUUUACCCCGUUGUAUUCCUCUUCCAAAGUGUGGACGACUUUUACCCCUUAUUUCCAUAUUUGCGGGAUUGUCAGCUUUAGGAUCAUUAGCUGGUGGAGCAGCGGGUAUAGCAAAAGCUGUUAAUGAUUCAAAAGCAGCACAAAAGAGUCUUCAGGAAUCUAAAAGACACAGCAGAAUGAUAGAAGCCGUUGCUCUAGGAAAAAGAUUAUACAUUAAACCUCAUAAACAAGGAGCCGGUUUAUAUCUUAACCCCUCAAAAAACUAA